CACAGAAAGGUAUCAGAAGAGAAACAUUUCAAAGCAGUAAGCAACAGCAAAUUUGUCGCCCUCUGGAACACUUUCACGGCAUAUAUCGUAGCAAUGACUCCCGCAUCUGAUCUUUGCAGUCUUUGCCAGCUUAAUAAUGCUAAAAUCAGUCAAAAUGUCAAUGUGAGCAAGCAUGAGAAAUUGAAAUGUCUCAGUGAUCAAGAAACGCAUCUGCAAGAAGCAAAAUCAGAGUGGGAUUUUAUGAAAAGAAACAUUGCUGCAUGCAAAGACGUGUUACAAGACAGCAUAAUCGACCUCUUGUCACCCAGGCCCAGUUGUUCGUUGAAAGGAACUAUACAUUAUUCAUAUGAUUAUGCUCAACAAGUACACAUUCCCUCCAGUCCACAACAACCUGGACCCAUUAACUUUAAAACACCGCAGAAAUGUGGCUUGUUUGGGUGAAUGGCGGUAGCAUGGCGAAUUGGUGGUGAACAUGAAAGUGAAUUGAACCUAUCAUAUCCACUUAAUUUCCGACUUAAUUCAUAGUGAUGGAUGCGAAAGGUUAUCUGAAUGUCAAUGACUUACGGAAAAUUUGGAAGGAAGAAUUUUUGCCUAGUAUUAAGCGUGAAUUGAAAAGCGAACUCGAAGCACUCAGAACAAGCAUUAAGACCUUGACAGCACGUGUUGACGGGAUAGAGAAAUCUCAGUCCUUUAUAUCGGAAAAGUACGAGUCUGUUCUAAAAACGCUCAAGUCAUUGAACCAAACAACAAACACGCUGGGGAAAAAGGAUGCUGAGCUGACAAAGAUCACCGACAGCUUGGCCGAGCGAGCUAACCGUGUGGAGCAGGCAGUCUGUAGAAUUGAAUGUGCAAUCGAUUAAGUCCAACAAUACUCUCGAAGAGACUGUCUGGAAAUAACGGACAUUCCAAUACUGCCGAAGGAAAAUCCAAAGCAGGUUAUCAAAGAGAUUGGUACUUUAAUCGAUGUAAAUGUUGAAGAUGCUCACCUAGCAGCAGCUCACUGGCUUCCGGACACCAAGAAUGUGAAGCAUCGGUUGAUUGUCAUGUUUGUACAUAGCGAUAAAAGAGAAGAAAUGUACAAGAAACGCAGGAAUCUAAUUGGAAAGAAUAUUAGCAACUUGCCGUCCGUACAAGCCGCAAUGGGCCUCGCUGCUACAAGCAACAAUAAAAUCCACAUCAAUGAAUCUCUCACAGGUUGUCGCAAACAAUUCUUUGGCCGUAACAAUGACUUCAAGCGGAAGAACUACAAAUACCUAUGGACUGCAAAUGGGAAGAUCAUGCUGAACGCUCAAGAUUCUUCACAAACCAAAUCUUUUGUUACACAUGAGGAAUUUGAAGACUACAUCGAACAGAUAAGCAAUAACUCGUAAUUCUUUUUUUCUUCCCUACACUUGUGUGCCCUAUAAUAAUAUUUAACCUACAGACACAGACAUAUUCAACCUCAAUCAUCCCCAAAAUAGCCUGCAAGCUUUACCUUUUCAUGACCUGGAUAACAGAGAAGUUCAUAUUUUAGAUGGAUCCUGUCACUUGCAGAUAGAUAAUUUAAAAGAUUUAGAUUUAUAUAAUUUGCUACCCAACCCUGUUAAAUCUGAUGAUGCUGACCCUGAUCAUGUAUUAAUUAACCCUCAAUCUGAUUGCUAUGAUAUUUCUAGUUUGAAUAAGGUUCUAAGUAAAUCAGGAGCGAAAUCCUUCUCAUUUCUUCAUUGUAAUAUUAGAAGCCUGUCAAAAAAUAUUGGCUUGCUUGAAGAUAUGCUAUAUUCUUUAAGUGAACAGCCUGAUGUAUUAGGAGUUUCUGAAACCAGGCUAAAUGCAAAUACCACUUUUAAUACUGAGUUGAUUAACUAUAACAUCUACCAAGCUGAUUCUCCCACCCCAGCGGGAGGGUUGCUCUUUAUGUCAGUAAAGCUUUAACCUCAUUUCCAAGGUCAGAUAUAACUUUGGAUAUGCCUCUUGUGGAAUCUGUUUGGGUUGAAAUAGCUACUCCCAAAAACCAAAGACCCAUCUUGGUUGGCUGUAUCUACAAACAUCCAGGUGCGAAUAUUGAUGAAUUAAAUGGGAAGCUUGACGAAACAAUGAAACUAUUUAACUCAAACAAGUACCAAUUGUAUAUCCUUGGUGAUAUGAAUAUAGACUUUUUUAAAUGUGAUAGUCACCCACCUACAGAGGCUUACCUUGACAUGCUGUAUUCCAAUAAUUUAUUACCAAUUAUUACUAAACCAACACGUCUGACCUAUCAUUCAGCUACAUUAAUUGAUCAUAUCUAUGCCAACAGUACAUCCAAAAUUGUCUCUGGUAUUGUAAUAGUGGAUAUCUCUGAUCACCUCCCAGUUGUCGGUGUUACAAAUAUACCAGUUAAGAAACACAACCCUAUUAAGUAUUAUCGAGAUUACAGCAAUUUUGAUCAAGAAUCUUACUUACAGGAUAUCAAUGCGGUCAACUGGAAUGCUAUCUUAACCUGAGAUCAGGCCCAAUUUGAGCGGUUCCCAUACAUUCUCUCUAACGGCUACCGCUGAAAUUGGGCCUGAUACAAACUAUUACAAGUUUGUGCUCGUUACGGCCAGAUUUUGGCCGUAACGCUGAUUGGCUGUUAGAACAAUGCCAAAAGAUCUGAUUGGCUGUCGGAAACGCCGGAAGUUGAAAGCGCUUAUUCCUCGCGUGGUUGUUUUCGUGGAUGAUCCGUUGUCAGUGGAGAGAAGGAUCGAUUUUCCUGUCUUUUUUAUUGUUUUAUGGUCUUAUGGUAGGAAAAUAUGCCUUAAUAUGUGCCAUGGGAAAUUAAUGUGGUUGUUCAUAUCUUCUCAGGAUUUGCUUUAUUUACGGAAAGUGAGUGUAUCGCAGAGUUGAAUCCCUCUACAAGUUGUUGACCGCUAACAACGUGCAUUUUGAUUUACCAACAAACGGGUGCAAAUCAAAAUACUGUCCAUCUUAAAACUGGUUUCAUUUGAAAGUUUAGCCGGGAAUGACUUCUCUGAAUGGGGUACGCAAGCGGAGGCUCACUGCGAAAGAAACCUCAAUCGCCAACUGUGAAGUAUUAGACGAAAAAUAUCGCAUCGCUGUUCAAGGAAUUUCAGUGUUCACAGACUGGUUGUUUUACUACGCUUUUUGUUACAAAAAAAACCAAGAAAACUGAUGUCCUCGCUCGUUGGCUGUUUGCUUUUGUUUUUAAAGAUUUAUGUACUGAAACUCGGGGGAAAUUGCCAAGGAAAAUAUCAAGACAACGGAAAAAUAGGGAUUUCAGUAUUUUAAAUUCCAGAGCGCCUAGCCAAAAUAAAAACUAGUAGAACAUCGUGUUACCUUCUAGGCCAACAGAAGUAACCUUCGAGAUCUCCCUUAAUCUCGCAAAAAGUUAAAUGUGAUUGUGCUGACUGUUUUAUUUUUAGCUGAAAAAAUUAACAGAUAAAAGCUAUUUUUAAGUCAGCCAGUCUUCAUUUUUCCCACGCGUGAAAAAUUUGCAUACUAGAAAAACAAGCACUGGAAGUAAUUUUGAUUGGCUGAUACGGCAAAUGUCAAUCAAUCAAAAAAGUGGGCAGCAGACGUUUCUUAGAAGGUUUGUAUCAGGCUCUCUUUUCGUUUCGCCUUGCCCGCCGGAAUAUAAUUUUCAAAGCGAAAUGAAAAUAGAGCCUGAUCUCAGAUUAAUGCUAUCUAUAAUAAUGAUCUGCAUGAGACAGUUACUAAAAUAACUGACCUGAUAAAAUCAAUUGCAGAUAAACAUGCACCAAUUAGGCAAUUGUCCCAAAAGAAACAGAAAUUAUGUACUAAGCCGUGGAUAACUAAUGGUAUUCUUAAAUCAAUCAAAACUAAGCAUAAAUUAUACAAAACACACUUUCUUUCUAACAAUCGAAUUAAGGUGACAGAAUAUAAAAAGUAUGCUAACAAACUGAAUUGGCUUAAGAACAUUUACAAAAAGAACUACUUUUCACAACACUUUGACCUAUGUAAAAACAACCUGAAGUUGAAAUGAUCAUAAGUCAUCCUUAGAUAUUCCUAAUAAAUUAAUUAAAAUAGCUGCCCAGCCAUUGUCAAUACCUUUAACAUAUAUCUAUAACCAGUCUAUUGAAACUGGAAUUGUUCCUGAUAUUUUAGAAGUCUCACAAGUUUCCCCAGUGUAUAAGGGUGGUGAUGCUACAGACCCUAGCAACUAUCGGCCCAUAGCAACUCUCUCACCUUUUGGUAAAGUGCUCGAGCGUCUAGUCUAUAAUCAGUUAUAUUCGUUCACAGAUAAACAUCAAAUCAUGUACAAAUAUCAGUUUGGAUUUAGGAAAGGAUAUUCCACUGAACAAGCUAUUCUUGAAAUUACUGACAAUCUGAAGCUAGCUACUGACAAAGGUCAAAUAACAUGUGGUUUAUUUCUCGACCUAUCAAAGGCAUUUGACACAGUAAAUCAUGAAAUACUGCUCUCUAAACUAUAUCUGUAUGGAAUUCGGGGUACACCACAUAAUUGUUUUGAAAGUUAUUUGCACAAUCGAAGACAAUAUGUUAAAAUUGACUGUACUAAAUCUAGCUAUGAAAAUAUUACGUGCGGUAUACCCCAAGGCUCAACUCUAGGUCCUCUUUUAUUUUUGCUCUAUGUGAACGACUUACCAAACUGUGUCAACAAACUUUCGGUACGGAGCGUUGCUGCUGACACCAAUUUAUUUUACUCUAAAAUAGCUUGAAUCCGUAAUGAAUCAAGAGCUUAAACAAAUUUAUAACUACUGUGCUCUAAAUAAGUUAUCUAUUAACACUGCAAAGACCAAUUACAUGUUAGUCUCAUCAUCUAGAUGCCACCCAACGAUAAAUAUCACUAGUAUUGAAUAGAAAGAUUACAUAAAGUACUUGGGAGUUUAUAUAGACAAACAUCUCAAUUGGCAACCACAGAUACGACAUGUAAAUAAUAAAUUAGCUAAAAAUUUAGGAAUCCUUUCAAAACUAAGAUAUUACAUUGAUCUGAAUAUACUGAAACAAAUUUAUUAUGCUUUUUAAAACAUAAUAGGGAUAUAUUAAAAUAUAUCCCUAUUUGAGUUACGGUAUUCUUGCUUGGGGCUGUGCCAGCAAAACCACAUUAGAUUGUCUUCGUAUUAAACAUAAUAAAUGUCUCCACACCAUCUUCUUUGUACAUCCUAGAGAGAGUGCUGCUCCCUAUUUCAAACUCCUAGCAAUCCUUAAAUUACAUAAUAUAUAUAAAUUAAAAAUAUGUUGCUUUAUGCAUAGAAUGAGAAAUGAGACUGAUAGCAUUCCAGACAUUUUCCUUGAUGUCCUGACUCCAGCAUUGCGCAUACACAACCAUAAUACAAGAUUUGUCAGUAAUCUGAACUAUUUUAGGCCAAGAGUAUCCACCAACUUAGGUAAGACGUCCUUUAAAUUCUGUGCUCCAAAAAUCCUGUCUUCUAACCAACCAAAUCUGACCUUGCUUAUAUGUUUUAUCACUGAUAUUAUUUGAGAUUUUAUUCCUCUCCUUACUGCUGCCAAUUAUUUCAAUAUGACGGUGUCCAACAAGAAAGCUCUAGCUACUUUGGACACCGUACACAAAUGAACUUAAUAUCUUUUAGUUAAUUAUUAUUUGUAGCUACUUUAUUUUCCUACUAUGUACACUUAUGUAAAUAUCUUGUAUAGUGUGACUAAAGAAUUGAAUUGAAUAUGUUGUGAGGGAAUACCCAGACACGUCAACUACCUAAUUGAUAAGGCAGUUGCUACAGGGAAGGGGGCCAAUGCAACAAUUAGCUAUGUCCAUGACUUUUUCAACUUUCAUGGGCCUGGAGAAACAGAUGCACAGAUAACUGUUGGGCAUCAGCGUACGGGGCGGGGGGAGCUGGGGGGACUGCAGUCCCCCCUGUCGGAAAAAACAUAGUAUUAUUCAGGCAAAACUGAUGUACUGUUCGGGCAAAGACACAGUAAAAAAUAUUUUACUAUUUAAUAUCUUCAUUUAUUUGUUUUCAUCCCGCAUCUCGCCUAAUCUUCUAACUGAUCUCUGUACUACUUCACUGGAUGGCUGUUAUUACUUGGAGUUAGAACACUGAGUUCUGCCAAGGGACUGGGAGUGAUAAUCAAGACCACACUGGAACUGGAACUGUGUAUGAGUUGGCGGCCAUGUUGAUUUAUGUUAGUUCUUGAGUGCAUGUGCAUGUAAUCUGGUGGAUUGAAGUAUGUCUUUGUCGAAGUCUCAUAAAAGAUCAUAUCGAUACCGUGCAACCUCGUGCUCUGCUGAAAGGUCUUUCAGCACCCUUUGCUGCAUCAAGACAUUUUUAAGAUCCACAAUGGGACAAGACCGUCUUAGCAGUAUCGCCGUUAUAACAUUGAAAGAAAGUAUGCAAACAAAACAAUGCAGAAUGACAUGCAAAGGAUUAUUGACAUAUUUGGGUGUUGAAGUAAUCGUUCGUCAUACUUCUUUUAGAGCUCAAUUUUCUUUCCUUUUAUUUUUAAUACUUCAACGCUCACUCAGAGCUCAAAUGGGUACGUUUUAUCUCUCACUUCAUGGUUUUGUAUUUUAGAAAUGAUCAUCUCGAUUUGCCAAAAAUAUUUGCACUAUUUUGAACGCCCGUGUUCUCACGGCAUGGCGAAGAAAACUUGACAUCACGAAAGAAUCAUCUUGUGCAUCUGUGACCAACAAGUUUCAUUCGGGCAAAUUAUGUUCAGCCCCCCAACAAAAUUUUUCCCAUACGCCGAUGUUGUUGGGGCCAAAACAAAAAUAAUUAUGUUAUCUGGUAUUAUUGCUGGCGCAUUCUUUGUGGACUUCACAAUUCCAUUUUAUAUUCAUUUUUAAUUGCAAGGCAUACUAAAUAUAGUCCUGACUGGUGCUUUGGAUUAGUUAAGCAGUCGUUUAGGAGGCGCUACGUUUCUUCCCUUUUUGACCUUAUGGAAGCUGUAGACAAGUCAACAGUCAGUGGUGACAAUGUCCCCAAAUUGUGUGGUCUUCAAGACGGCACUGUUUUAGUGCCAGUAUAUGACUCAGGACAACUCGGAUUAAUAUUAAUCCGUGGAUUAUAAUAAUAAUAGAUUAUAAUAUGGUUAUUAUAAUCCGGUAAUAGAUUAUUACAAUCCAGUAAUAGAUUAAGGGACGGCAAAAAUUGGAAGGAUUAGAUUAUUAUUAAUAAUAAUCAUCCGGAUUAAUAUUAAUCUCUAUUAUAAUCCAGAUCAGAGCUAUGACAGACAAACUGCAGACAUUACACGCUGA